UGUACCAACCCAAUUCAGCUCUUGAGAGAGACAGAGAGAGACAGAGAGAGAGAAACAGAGCAAAGACCAGAGAUGGCUGGAGACGAGGGAACUGCAAACACACUUGAAGCUACACCAACAUGGGCUGUGGCUACUGUUGUCUUUGUUCUGAUAGUGAUCUCCAUAAUAAUCGAGUAUUUGCUUCAUCUCUUACACAAGUAUUUUCAUAGGUUAAAGAGGAAGUCUCUCAUUCAGGCUCUUGAUAAAAUCAAAUCAGAAUUGAUGCUGUUGGGGUUCAUAUCGUUGCUACUAACUGUGGGCCAAAAGCCAAUUGCAAAUAUAUGCAUCCCAAAGAGCGUUGGUGAAUCUUUUCUUCCUUGCAAGAGCUCCACCUCUGGUCAUGCUGUCGAGGAAACCAAAUGCUCUGACCAGGGAAAAGUUUCUUUGAUGUCGAGGGAAGGUGCAUAUGAGCUGCAAUACUUAAUUUUUGUGCUUGCUAUGUUCCACGUUUCAUCUUGCGUCCUCACCUUUGCUCUUGGUAUGGCCAAGAUGAAGAGAUGGGAGUCUUGGGAGGCAGAAACCAGAACAUUGGAGUAUCAAUUUUCUUACGAUCCAAGGAGGUUUCAGCUCACAUAUCAAACCUCAUUUGGGAAGCGACAUUUGAAGUGUUGGAGUGACAAUCGAUUACUUCGUUGGCCGGCUUCCUUUGUUAGACAAUUCUUUAAUUCUGUCUCCAAAUCGGAUUACUUCACUCUCAGGCAUGGAUUCAUAAUGGCUCAUUUUGCAGAAGGGAGCCAUUUUAACUUUCAAAAAUAUAUAAGAAGGAAUUUAGAGAAGGAUUUUGGUGUGGUUAUGGGGAUAAGCUGGUGGAUUUGGUUGUUCUCGGUAUUUGUCAUAUUCUUCAAUGCACAUGGUUUUUACAAUUAUCUAUGGGUUCCCUUUAUUCCUUUAGUGAUGCUGUUACUGGUUGGAACAAAGCUACAGGGCAUCAUAACUAAGAUGUGCCUUGACAGCCAUGAUAAAUCUCACGUUGUUAGAGGAACUUUGCUUGUGAAGCCCAGCAAUCACUUCUUCUGGUUUAACUGGCCUCAAUUGCUUCUCCAUCUUUUGCACUUCAUACUGUUUCAGAAUUCCUUUCAGCUGGCAUUCUUCACAUGGACUUGGUACAAGUUUGGCUUAAGAUCAUGCUUCCACCAUGAAACAGAGGAUAUUGUGAUAAGGCUGGGCAUGGGUGUAAUUGUGCAAAUCCUCUGUGGCUAUGUCACUCUGCCUCUCUAUGCUUUGGUCACACAGAUGGGCACAUCAAUGAGAAAAGCAGUUUUCACUGAGAACGUGGUUAAAGGGCUGAAAAAAUGGAGAGCUAAGGCCAGGAAGAACCUGGCUCUUAGGAACCACCCUCACUUGGCACAACUCUCGUUGGAUGCUUCUCUUGAAACUUCACUGUCACCAGGCACUUCACCUUCUUUCAGUGUUCAUGAUGCUUCAUUCUCGACUGUGGAUUUUGAUCGUCCGUCUGACGAUGCUGAAUAUGUAGCACUUGAAAUAAGGGAGGCCCAAAAGGCACAAGGAGAAACAAGCACUUGAGUUUGAGUUCCAUCUUUGGCCAUGAUGGGGGGUUGCACAGUUACUAAAGUUGCUCCUCUACAAUGUUCAUAGAUUAAUGAGUAUGAUUUGUUUUUAUGAUUCUCUUGAUAUUGUUUAGAGUAUCUCAUCGCACAUAUAGGAAGUGAACUUUCAACAGAACAUUAGAACAAAUGUAUUAAAUUUUUUUGAUC